AUGCCGUUGCCCCCAGCCUUAGCAGCACGUCUGGCCAAAAGAGGCCUUCUGGACAAGUCGAAAAACGAAGAGGAAGUAUUCGCCGAAAGCUACGAUGGCGACGGCUCAGGUCAGAUCCCACCCAUCCUCAAGGGGAUCAGUCCUGUUCCUAUAAUCGAGAAUGGCACCCUAAUUCACGAAAUCGCUGCGUGUCCAAAUCUCACCAAUCCCUAUCACGAAUGCACCGCUUACUGUUUCGAACGUUACGGUCGCCGUACUUUCAGGGCCAGUGAUCAGCAUAUGGGUCGUCUGCGCGAUCGCAUGCUUCGUCGAUAUCCCCUCCCAAGUCACUGGCUUGAGGUGGGCGACCCUGUAACCGGCCGAUUCUACUAUUGGAAUACAGUGACUGACGAGGUCUGCUGGCUCUCUCCUCUUCAUCCCAGGGCAAUCAUCACUAAAUCUGCUAGUGUUUUGAAAGCACAGACACUGGCGGCGAAGGCGGCAGCGGCAGCGGCGUCGGCAGCUGCUCUAGCAGCGGGAGGAUUGGAUGGAGAAUUCGAAAGUGAGAAGAGGGAAGGAAAAAGGGACCGAUCGCGUUCUCCUACACCACCACCCCCGCCACCACCAGCAACCUCUCAGUCUCCUCUGCUUACAAAUAUUAUGCCACCGCCUUCUGCCCCUCCACCAUCCUAUGUUCGGCUUGGGAAAAGUAUGAGACGGGCACCGAAAUUCGAAAAGCGUCGGCGCAGCGGAGAUGGUGAUGAGCCUUUGGACCCAAUGGACCCCGCAGCCUAUUCGGACGUCCCGCGUGGUGGUUGGACGGCGGGACUGGAGGGCGUCUCGGGCUCUGCGCCUUCUGCAAAAACCGGUGCAGACGUAACCGCCUCUGGACCGCUCUUUCAGCAGCGCCCCUACCCAAGUCCUGGUGAUGUUCUGAGAGCUAACAUGAGACAGCGUCAGGAUUAG